AAAACACCAAAAUUUGUUACAAAAAAAAAAAAAAAUUCAUUUGGUUAAAAAAAAAUUAUGAAAAAUAUCAAAUUACUCACAAUUAAAGCAUCAAAUGCAAGAGAAUUUUAAUGAAUUUUAAUUUGACGAAAACAACUGAAGAAGAGAGGAGCCGCAAGAAAUAGCAAAAAAGGCGCUACCUAAAAAUCGGAAAAUAAAUAAAUAUACUUUUCUCUGUGCAUAAAAGUGCUUGUUGUGCCUUUGCUUCUGCUAACUCUGAUUGACUUAACAAUGUCCCGUUUCCGAGAAAAUACAAUAAGUAAUGAUUUGCAUCACAGCGAUCACCAGAAAAGCCUAACUCGUCCAUGUACUGCAAAAGAAUGCCAAAUUGUUAGAGAGCGUUCCCGCAGUCCUUAUCAUCCAAGAACUUACUUGCCAAAAGGAAAUGAAUCUGUCACAAUUUCUUCAAGUGAAGACGAAGAGCAAGAAACUCUGGAAGAAGAUAUAACUAGUUCAUCUGGGUCUAGUAGCAGCGAUUUUGAGGGUUUUACAGACACAGAGGAGAGUCAGGAACAGCAAGAAUCAAGUGAGGUUAUACAAGUGCACACACGUUUCAAAUUACGUAUCCCUUGCAAAUCUGCUAAGGAGCACGAUAACAUAGAUGUCAAAGAUGGUUUGAGAACCAUAAAAUUUACUGGUAAUAAGGAAACUGAUUCGGAACGUACGCUAUACAAUAAAACUAUAGAGAGAAAUGCGGUCACACAUACACGGAUUGAGAAAAAGUCAUUACCACCAAUUAAGCGUUUAAAGCAACAGCGAGAUAAUACAGUGCAAACUCAUUUAGAAACGUCAGCAGAUCAAAUUGUAGAAAUUUCAUCCGAUUCUGAAAUCAGUCCUCGAAGACAAAAAAGGUCGCAAAUCAAUAAUAAAACUCCGCUUACUACAAGCCAUAAAAAUCUUACAACUGGCAAUAAUAAAUGUAGCCCUGAAUCUCCCAGUGAAUUUCCUGCAACCUCACCUUCAAAUCCCCAACAACACAUGAAGGGCGGAAAAUAUGCAUCUCGAUCAUCUUUAUUAAAAAACACUUUGCCGUCGGAUUCUUUUGAACGUAAAUUGGCCACGAUUACUGCUCGUAGACCGCCAAUGAGUUUGAAAGAAAAAAUUGAAUCAUGGCGCUGCGAUAUGGAACUAAGUGAUGUUGAAGAUGUAAAUGCAUUCGAUGACGAGUUUAAGCGCUAUGAAGAUUUUAAGAGGAAACAGUGGCGGCAAAUAAAAAGAGAUAAAAGAGAUUUAGGACAAGAAUACGUGGCUGACUUAAUGAAAUAUGAUUUUACAGAGUUUCGAAAAAAAAUGUUUAGCGCACUAAAGGAUAAAUGUCAUACUCGCGGCGGCGGCGGCGGAGAUAAUUCGGAAACUGAUACAAGUGAAAGUGUUAGAAUAAUGGAGGACAAACCCUCGACAUCAGCUGUAGCAUUACAACAAAAACGAAUUAAUUUUUCUCAACGCAUCAGCCAACAUUCGCCUGAAAAACUGCAACAUAGGUGCGUCAAGGAUGCAGCGAAAAAAUCGCCCAUUUCUACUACUCCACCUUGUUCAAGUUCAUCUAGCGAAAAAUCUGCCACUACUCCCGAUAGCAGAAAACCUUAUGAACAAACAGAAGCACGUAAUCUUGACAGGCUUUUGCGACACAAUAGCUCUGAAGGAAUCAGUAAUCAUCAUCAUCGUCAUCAGCUGAGACAACUAAAUUCUUGUCACAUUUUAAGUCAAUCACGCGCCGAAAGAAAAUGUGAAAUGCCCAGCGCACACGAGUAUCCAGCGAACACCCAAUGCAAACAGCACAUGGAACUGCCGAAAGAAAAGAAAAUUUCAAACCCUUCGCCAUUGAGUGCUGAAACUGUUAAAUCGGUUUUUAAGCUACAUGAGUUAACAUGCGAAAUGGGUAAGGGUUUACCACAAGCUGAUAAUAAAAUUAAUGACCCAAAAGGUUUAAUUCAAAUGCGCUUGGAUUUUUCGGAAAACAAGAGAGGUUUACAUCUAAAGGAAAAAACACAAGAACUGUUCAAAGAUCCUACAAGAGUACAAAAUGACUUUAGUGUUUGUAGCAAAAGCAAUAAAUCACCGAUUAAAAGUUCAGUAUACAAAGACAAGGCAACGUCAUGUGAAUCAUCCCUGAUGCACGAAGAAAAUAAGCGAUCAAUAGGCGCGGAGUAUUUUGAAGAAGAGCAACCGCAAGCUUUUGACGCCCAGGCAGGCAAUACAGAACAUGCUUGUCACCAACAAUAUGAAUUUUGCAAUUAUUUAGGUUUAACCGGGAUGUCAACGGCCACUGCGGUGGCCAACGCUAUGGCGGAACUAGCUCAAUGCAAUCUAGCUAGACGUUCAAUGCGAGUCCUAAGGCAGCAGCAGAAGGAACGUCAAGAAAAUAAUCAAAAAAAAGAUGAGCUGAAUCUACUGGUAUUGAAACAAAAACAUCUGAAAGAAAUGAAAAAACGUGAGAAGGCCGGGGAAAUAUUGAAGAGAGUGGCAUUUAGUGGAGAGUUUGCUGAAGAUACCUAUGAAAUGCUGCCGCGUGAUUUGCGUUCUCUAAAGGAAAUAAAUCAAAAUUCCGUAAUAGGUUUUAAUUCUCUUAGUCAACCUUCUGUAACGAUCGUAAAAAACGAGCCCGAAAUUAAAAUUUUAUGUCAUAUUAGCGCUAACAAUAAAGAAGAAGCUGAAGAGAAAAGGAAAGCCUACGUCAAAGAAAUUGCACAGCCCUUAAGAGACAGUCUAAAAAGACAUUUGGAACAACAAAAACUUUUGCUCGCGGGUAGUCAAGCUGAAUACAAAGAAUGCGACGAUACACUAAUAAAGAAAAAGUCGUUCAGGGCAGAUGAACAAGCUGAUAAGCCCAAGAGCGUUGCUGAUUUAACUGAACAACCAUCAACUUCGCGCCAGGCAGCGGCACAUGCUUUAGUUCAGAAUGAAUCUAAUGAGAAUUUGUCCUCAAUUAGUGCAUCUGCGUCAAGUCAAAGCAAUACUUCCAAAAUUCAAUUAAAAUUAACACGUAGUUGUUGUAAUAUCUUGCAAGAACACCGGUCUUUAGAACGCAGUGGUGAGCACGUCAAGGAUGACGAGAAUGAAACCGAUGGUGACGAUGGCGACGAUGAUGACGAUGACGAUGAUGAUGACGAUGAUAACGAUGAUGACGACGACGAAACUGAUGAUGAAGCUGAAGACUCGCUUGAAAAACAAAAUAUGCAAAAAUUGCAAACAUUAGACAACACAAAAACCAACAUUGAAUCAGUGGGUGAUGGAAUCGACAACAAUAGUGCACGUAAAAAUGUUAGUAAACUUACCUCUAUUUUACGCACAACGCGCGCUCCUCCACCAAGGGCGCCAAAUUUACCUAUUAAUCAACAACAGAUGCACCAAAAUAUUCAGGCGGCUCUUGAAGCUUCACGUAAUACCAAACCUAGUAUUUAUAUAUUGCAUUCUAUGGACAGCAAUACGAAAUUAAAACCUUUUAAGGGGGCAAACAUCGAUGAUAAAACUACAAACAAAAGCCAAAUGCGAGAGGUGACGCCCGUUAAAUCCAUUAGAAAAAUAGAAGUUCUAAAGCAAAUGAAAAGCCCCUUCGCUGAUAAUGAACGACCCACCAAGAAAAUUCGAGGACUCAAAAACAAAAAGUAUAAGGUAGCUUCAUCAUACAAACGCACCAACAAACGAAACUUGCGGAAACGCAAGGUAGUCCUAAUCAAGACGUUGAAAGCUACAGAAAAUGAACGUAAGAAAAAAAACAGUAAAGAAAAGGUAAUCGAAGAUCAAAAACCUACAAAAAGCGUAAAAACCUGCGUUAAGAUCAAUGAUUUGAAAAGCCACCUGUGUAGUAAGGCCAAAUCCCCCUCCGAGCAAUAUCAGUCCUUUCGCAAGUCUUUCACUGCUUUUAACUCAGCCCAAAAAUCUGGAAAUUUUCAUCGUCAUGCAAAUGCAGCAAAUGAUGUAAUUGAAAAAUAUUUAAGAGGGGGACAUAAAACUAAUAUUUUAAGCCAUCCAAAUUUGAAAUCGAAAUCAUCAGCACAGACCUUUGUACCAGGGAAAAUCGGUUCCAAAAAUAUAUCGAUGAAACUGAGCAAUAAACUAAAGUAUGCAAAAAUGUGUUUACGAAAAGCGCAGGCGCAAAUUUUGCGAACAAAUUCAAAAGGAAAACAAACGAAAUCCGCUCAGAAUUUCUCAAAAUGCCGUAAUCCACCAACUAAACCUGUGUCGCGAAAGCUACAAGAUCCGAAGUCUCCCAUAUCAAAUAUUAACCAAAUAUCUGCAAAUAAGCAGGAAUCACCAAAACAAAUAAAAUCAAUAUCCCAAAAUGCAUCGCAAUCUAAUUCGAAAGAUAAACAACCUGAAAAUGAUAAUGUUGUUGUAUCUUCGACGACCAAUUUAUACGAUGAACGCCCAAUUAUGUCUCGGCCAAUUGAUGUGCGUGCUAAGUCUUCUUAUGUCAUUAUGGGAAAGUCCCCUACACAUACCGAGGAGAAGGGCACACAAAAGUGUGGCACUAUACGUCUAUUGAAUACAAAUGCAAAUCGACGUUUAAAUGUAAUGCUUAAUCCCCUGAGAAUGGAUUUAGGCAAUGUCUUGCAUAUGUACUAUGAAUUGGAUACAUUAAUUGUCAUACAAGAAUAUAUGAUAAGCUUUUGGAAAUAUUCAAAAAUUUUGAAUGUUCUGUGUAAGUACAUGCCAUCGGAACUUAAUGGAAAAGUAUCACCCAAUUACUCGGCUACCUAUAAUAGCCAAAAUAAUAAUUUAAUUCCCUCAAAUCCCGCUAUUGACACACGCGAGCCAACUUCAUCGUUAAAUCCGGAGGAACGAUAUAAAAACGAAUGGAUGUUACUGGGCGAAUCGCCUUACUCAACUAAUGAUGCUGAAAUUUCCACUCCCUACGCUAACCGCAUAUGCAUCCAUAACUCAACACCUGUCUAUAUCGAGAUGAGGGGACGUUACUUACCACAUAACCAGCGCAUAUGUAAUCUGAUAACGGUGUACAUUAACAUUUACUAUUACCACGAAGAAGAUAUGAUAGUUAAGAGUUCAUCCAUAAAUCUAGACACUGUGCAAAGCGAGAUAAAUCAAAUUUGUUAUACCACCAUAACGGAUUCGCGUUACUUCGUACUGACUUGGCCGCAAGAGAAUAUCUUGGGUAAAACACGUACGGGCUUAUGUAAAUAUUCAAUAACCCCGCAACUGGAUACAUUAGCCAGUAUACGCGAAUUCAAAAGCAUGCGUCACAUUAUAAGCUAUUUGGAGUGCAUGAACGAUGAUAAGUUAAUCGGUUUCGGCGGUACCCAUAUAACCAUUUGGAAUCAUCGCAGUGGCGACGUUUUAAUGAAUUACGAUGUUGCUAUGCCGAUGGGCAUGAAUAUCGGCUCGAUUUAUUAUCCAAGUCACGAUAUUGAAGAGAAUGAUAUGCUUUUACUUUUCCAAUAUCGUUAUCCUGAAAUAUUAGUAUUAGCCUUGAAAAUAUCUCAUGUAACACCCUCGUAUCGUUUGCUGCAUACGUUCCCGCUUUCAAGUACGGAUUUUACCACUGUUACCAGUGCCAUAAAUACAGGCGAUCAUAUAGUCUUAAUCGAUGAAAAUGAUCGAGAAAUAUGGAUUAAUUGUUCAAAUCCAUGCCAAUUAGCGUAUAUGCCCGCUGCAAAAGGUAAGCGUUUCUAUGUACGUCACCGCGCGCAAUUUAUUGAAUUAACCAACCAUACGCUUAAUGUGGAUACAUUGGCAAAUUUGUUUUUAAAGUUAGCAGCUGGUUUAACUUAAAAGUUAAUCCUUUUAUAUAAUUCAUAUGUGCGUAAGUGUCCGAAUUUGUUUGGCUAUUCGACAUUCUUGGACAUAUUAUAUUGUGAUUCGUUGAAAAUAUUGCGUGCAAAACUUGUAAAUUAUUUGGUUAUAAAAUCUCAUGUGUAAAUUAUAAUGUAUGCAUCUAGUAAUAGUUUAAUAAUUGUGUGCAAACAAAGGAAAUCAAUUUUCAAAAAAAAAAAAAAAAAAAUCUCAUAUUUUAUGUCAUAUGUAGAACCUUCGUAGAGACAAAAAUUAAAGUUAUUUAUAAAAUAACAAUUAGAAACAGGUAUUGAAUAGUUUACAUGUUCGAUUGGCAAGAAAGAAAUUUCGAUGUUCUCCUUCUCUUCCAAUUACAUUGUCUAUCAAUUUUAUUUGAUAGAGAUAGAGAGAAAGUGUACGCACCGAACAUCGCUGCAAUUUCGUUCUUGUCAACCUACUAGAAUAUACUUUUAAUUAAAAAAAAAUAUCCUGUGUAAGGAACUUCCCAUUACUUUUUAUUGAAAUUUUAGUGUUUAAUACUGCGAACUGUAUUGCUUGUAAUUUAAAAAUAUUUUAAUUUAUUAAUGAGGAUAUUUUUUUCUUUAUUAAAAAUACCUAUGGAACCCCUACGAAGUCAUUAAUAAAGUUAUACUAAUAUAUCA